GGACGCCGACGGGGGUCUCGGCCCGCGGCCUGUCAGCGCGUCCGGGGGAGGCGCCCACACUCCUAACAGGCUAAGAUGGCGGCCAUGGCUUCGGGAGGCGGCGGCGGCGGCGGCGUGAACCCCUUCCUGAGCGACACGGACGAGGACGACGACGAGGUGGCGGCGCGCGAGGAGCGGAGGGCCGGCCUGCGGCUGGGCGCGGGGGGCGGCCUGGAUCCCGGCUCGGCGGACUCGCUGUCCCCGCAGGACCCCGUGGCCCUGGGGGCCGGCGCGCGCCCCGGGCUCCCCGGGGAGGCGGCGGCCUCGGCGGCGGCGGCGGCGGCGUUGCCGGGGGUCGGCGCGGAGACCCCGGCGCGCCUGUCCAUCGACGCCAUCGCGGCGCAGCUGCUGCGCGACCAGUACCUGCUCACGGCGCUGGAGCUGCACACGGAGCUGCUGGAGAGCGGCCGCGAGCUGCCCCGCCUGCGCGACUACUUCUCCAACCCCGGCAACUUCGAGCGGCAGAGCGGGACCCCGCCGGGGCUGGGGGCGCCGGGCGUGCCGGGAGCGGCGGGCCUCGGCGGGGCCGGCGGGCGGGAGCCGAGUACGGCGUCCGGCGGGGGACAGCUCAAUCGAGCUGGGAGCAUCAGUACCCUUGAUUCUUUAGACUUUGCAAGAUAUUCAGAUGAUGGUAACAGGGAAACAGAUGAAAGGGUAGCAGUCCUGGAGUUUGAACUACGGAAAGCCAAGGAGACCAUUCAGGCCCUCCGAGCCAACCUGACAAAGGCUGCAGAACAUGAAGUUCCUUUACAGGAACGAAAAAAUUAUAAAUCAAGUCCUGAAAUUCAGGAGCCAAUCAAACCUCUUGAAAAGAGAGCUCUAAACUUCUUAGUCAAUGAAUUUUUAUUGAAGAAUAACUAUAAGCUUACAUCAAUAACCUUUUCAGAUGAAAAUGAUGAUCAGGAUUUUGAACUAUGGGAUGAUGUAGGAUUAAACAUUCCAAAACCUCCAGAUUUAUUGCAACUCUACCGAGAUUUUGGAAAUCAUCAAGUGACCAGAAAAGACCUUGUCGAUGUGGCCAGUGGAGUAGAAGAAGAUGAAUUAGAAGCACUGACACCAAUUGUGGGCAGCCUUCCUCCGAACCUGGAAACUCCUCAGGCUGUAGAGAGCUCUUUGCUAAUACAGAAAUUGGAAGAUAAAAUUACUUUAUUAAAUAGUGAAAAAUGGUCUUUGAUGGAGCAAAUCAGAAGACUUGAAAGCGAAAUGGACUUCUUCAAAAAUGAGCACUUUGCAGCACCAGUAGUUUGUGACUCUGCCCGUCCUUCUGUACAUAAGUCUCUCCACGAAGACUCUGAAGACAGUGAACAGAAUCCAGUUGUAAAUAGUUCAGACCGGGGAAAAAACAAGGAUAUCCAUCUUUCACAGCCAGAUGAAGUGGAUUCCACUGUACCUAAAGAGAACUUUCCAAACUCUUUUCCCAGGAGAGAAAGGGAAGGAACGCCCUCCUCCUCACCGUCAAGUAAACCACCAGUCCAUUUUGAUAAACCCAAUAGAAAAUUGUCUCCUGCUUUCCACCAAGCACUGCUCUCCUUUUGUCGAAUGUCAGCUGAUAGUCGUUUAGGAUCAGAGGUGUCUCGGAUUGCAGACAGUGAGAAAAACGUUAUGUUGAUGCUGGGUCGCUGCCUGCCACACAUUGUUCCUAAUGUCCUGUUGGCCAAAAGAGAGGAGUUGAUCCCCCUCAUACUGUGUACAGCUUGCCUUCAUCCUGAGCCGAAAGAGCGAGAUCAGCUUCUCCACAUACUUUUCAAUUUGAUCAAGAGACCAGAUGAUGAGCAGAGGCAAAUGAUCCUCACAGGCUGUGUGGCGUUUGCGCGUCACGUUGGACCAACACGUGUGGAGGCAGAGCUUUUGCCACAGUGCUGGGAACAGAUUAAUCACAAAUAUCCAGAAAGACGAUUACUUGUGGCCGAAUCUUGUGGGGCGUUAGCACCUUACCUUCCUAAAGAAAUCCGUAGCUCUUUGGUUCUGUCAAUGUUGCAGCAGAUGUUAAUGGAAGAUAAGGCAGAUUUGGUAAGAGAAGCUGUGAUCAAAAGCCUUGGUAUCAUUAUGGGAUACAUUGAUGACCCAGACAAGUAUCAACAGGGCUUUGAAUUGUUACUCUCAGCCUUAGGUGAUCCCUCAGAGAGGGUCGUUAGUGCUACACACCAAGUAUUUUUACCAGCUUAUGCUGCCUGGACUACAGAACUCGGAAACCUGCAGUCGCAUCUUAUCCCUACGUUGCUCAGCAAGAUUGAGAAACUUCUCAGGGAAGGAGAGCACGGGCUGGAUGAACAUAAGCUCCACAUGUAUCUCUCUGCUCUGCAGUCCUUGAUCCCGUCCCUCUUUGCACUCGUGCUCCAGAAUGCCCCUUUCUCCAGCAAAGCCAAGCUGCACGGUGACGUGCCACAGAUCGAAGUGACAAGGUUCCCACGACCUAUGUCGCCUCUUCAAGAUGUAUCUACUAUUAUUGGAAGUCGAGAGCAAUUGGCCGUCCUACUCCAACUCUACGAUCACCAACUAGAACAUGAGGGUACAACAGGCUGGGAGAGUUUACUAUGGGUUGUCAAUCAAUUGUUGCCGCAACUUAUAGAAAUAGUUGGCAAAAUUAACGUUACUUCAUCGGCCUGUGUCCAUGAAUUUUCCAGAUUUUUCUGGCGCCUCUGUCGGACAUUUGGCAAAAUCUUUACAAAUACUAAGGUCAAACCUCAGUUUCAAGAGAUUUUAAGGCUGUCUGAAGAAAACAUCGAUUCCUCAGCAGGAAAUGGGGUCCUCACUAAAGCUACCGUCCCCAUUUAUGCAACAGGAGUUCUUACAUGUUACAUUCAGGAAGAAGAUCGGAAACUGUUAGUUGGAUUCUUAGAAGAUGUAAUGACCCUGCUUUCGUUGUCACAUGCUCCUCUUGAUAGCCUAAAAGCUUCGUUUGUCGAACUAGGUGCAAAUCCAGCCUACCACGAAUUGUUAUUAACUGUGCUGUGGUAUGGCGUUGUACAUACUUCAGCACUUGUGAGGUGCACUGCUGCUAGAAUGUUUGAGCUGUUGGUGAAGGGGGUGAAUGAAACUCUGGUAGCUCAGAGGGUUGUUCCUGCUCUCAUUACUCUCUCCAGUGACCCUGAAAUCUCUGUCAGGAUUGCCACAAUUCCAGCCUUUGGCACUAUUAUGGAAACAGUUAUUCAAAGAGAGUUGCUGGAAAGAGUGAAAAUGCAGUUGGCUUCUUUCCUGGAAGAUCCUCAGUAUCAAGACCAGUAUUCUUUGCACAUAGAGAUUAUAAAAACAUUCGGUCGAGUUGGGCCUAAUGCAGAACCAAGAUUUCGAGAUGAAUUUGUUAUUCCACAUUUGCAUAAGUUAGCCUUGGUGAACAAUCUACAGGUUGUGGAUUCUAAAAGACUGGAUAUCGCUACCCACUUGUUUGAAGCCUACAGUGCUCUCUCCUGUUGUUUCAUCUCAGAGGAUUUAAUGGUUAAUCACUUUUUACCUGGUCUCAGAUGUUUACGCACUGAUAUGGAACAUCUCUCUCCGGAGCAUGAGGUUAUUUUAAGUUCCAUGAUCAAAGAAUGUGAACAAAAAAUAGAGAACAAGACUGUCCAGGAGCCACAAGGCUCAAUGUCGAUUGCUGCAAGCUUAGUGAGUGAAGACACAAAGACCAAGUUUCUGAACAAAAUGGGCCAGUUAACAACUUCAGGUGCCAUGUUGGCCAAUGUGUUUCAGAGGAAGAAGUAGAGGAGGAAGAGACCCCAGCGAACACUAAGGUGGACCUCGAGCAGGCCGCUUCCUUGUACUUGAAGUACUUGCCUUUGUUAUUUGUUUUAUGUUCUUGCAUUAUAAGUUUCUCCUAACCUCCAAAGAUGUUUGCACUGCUUUUGAUUAUUGCUAUGUAUCUGUUUAUUUUGGAGUUGUAACUGUGAUGAUAAAAAUAUUAAUGGCAGUCGAUACUCCAAGUCCCUCUUCUGUGUUCUUGUCUUUCAGGAUAAUUUUUUAUAUGUAUACAUAUAUAUAUAUAUGGUGAAAAGUUUUUUUUUUUAAUUUUUGGAUGGGAUAUCGGCAGAUAUCUGUAUUAUACACUAAGCUAUUACAAUGGUACUUAAAAUAAUGUAAAUUUGAAGUCAUUGUUAUAAAGUAAUAAAGUGGAGAUUACUUAAGUAUUUAAAUUAUGAAGAAUAAUGCAGACUUUUUAUUGUUUCUUAACUGACUAGAAAGAGCCACCAGCAUUACUCUGUGCCUUUGGACUUCAGUUUGUGUGCCUGUAGGAACUGUGUGCAUUCCAUUCGCACAGUCUUCAUGGUGCUGUGCCGAAUUCAAAGUACAAAUCCUACAGGAAGUAGAUAAUAAUGAAACUUUCAACGUUUCAAAGCCCUCACGAAUCUUCUUUCAGUGCUGUUUAAGUCUCCCUAGCAUUUACACACAUCAAAUAGAUUUACCCAAGGAAAGAUAGCACAUAGGUGAAGGGGACUGGUCAGUCACCAAGAUGAAUUUUACAAACUGGUAUGUAGUAGAUUUAAAUAUUUAGAAAAUAAAAGUAAGACAUGAUAAUAACUGUAAAAUUUUUUCCCAAGUUGAAUUAUAAAAGAAAAUACAGUUUAAAUCUUAAACGUAAUGCUUGUCUGUGUAUGCUAUUUUUUUUAAGAUAUUUUCCAAGUGAUUUAAAUUUCAAAAGAUUAUCUUUUCAUUCUGUGUGUUACAGAGAAGUACUGAAAAGUUAAGGACAUUUGCAGGCUGCUUUUUCCCUCAAAACUUCAAAUGACAGUGGCUAACUUAUUACUGGUUAGUUAUCACCCUGUUCCUUAAAGUUAGCGAGGGUUCUUGCGUUGGGUAUUUAUUACAGAGCAUAAAGUCAUUGUACAGUUCCCCGGGAAUUUGGUAGUUGUUUGUACAGUGGUAUGACUUGAAGUAGGAAAGAGAGGUACUGGUCAGAGAUGGGGGGGUGACUGUUUGAGGGGUUUUUAAAAAAUUAAUAUUUUGAUAAGAGAAUUCUCAUUUGAGCACAGUUGAUACACAUAGUACUUCUCAUAUUUGUUGUACAGACUGGUUUGAUAUUCUUCAAGCAUAGUUGGAUUCCACUUCCCGGGAAAGCUAGUUUGCCACACAGGCUUAUCAAAUAAGUUGCCCUAGCAAAGCCACUUGAAAAGCCCAUUCUGAAAUUAUGUCUUUCACCCGCAGCAAAAUCAUUGUAAUCUCUCCAGUCCUUCCGAGAACUGUUGGAUUCUAGGCAUUCCUGAGAAAUUGAAAGUGGCUUCCUUUCAUGUCAAAAAAUGUUGAUCUAUGAUAAAUAAAAUGUUUUUGAAUACUUGC